AUGCAAGGAAGCAUUCGAGGACCAGGCACUUUCUUGACUCUCAAGAUGAAUAUGCCAAGAAAAUUCUGGACCAUCAUAAAGAACAAGCGGACUAAACUGAGAGACGAAAUAGUCCUGGAUCCGAAUCAGCUGGCUCGCAUUUUGUGCGAAAAGGGGCUUUUCACAUAUUUCGAGGAGAAGUACAUCCGGGACAUCAAAGACCCGACAGAAAAGUUCGAUAAGCUCUUCGACACUCUUCUAAUCAAGAACCCGAAGCGGUCCCAUGGCAUUUUCUUCGAUGCUCUCAGGAAAAUCGACAGAGAAGACAUCGUGGAGUUCUUCCAAGACCUUUUGCUGCAGUUUCCGGACGCCUCUGGCCAGCGAAGAGCCCAUGUGAGUGAAGGGGCAGGGAGGUGUACCACAAGUACUCAUUCCCGCGAUGGAAAGAAGGCGUUCUGCACGGAGACUCCCCCGGAGGAUGACGGGAAACUCUUCGAAACUCCUCCCGACGUGGAUAUAAAAUUUGAAUUGCAUCGAGGAGGAAAUAUUCGUUCCGAUGAGAGUCGCAAUCAGAUCCCCGAUUUGCAUGCCAAGAUCCACAUUUCCACCGCCAAUAGAAAACGGACUUCCCAGAGUAGACCGACAUCAAGGUAUCGCUCUCACUCUUCAUCUUCUCUGCGCUGGGCUGAAUUCAAAUGUCUGGAAAGGACAUUGGAAGCAAUACGAAUUGCUUCCAAAGACACGGACCCCUGUUCUCCGAAAUUCUUCGGCAGCGACGUUGAAGCCGAUCAACCGAAGGACAACCCAAAGACAUACUCUACGUAUCGCAAGUUUCCGCAAGAGGACCCAGAAAUACUGAGUCUUCGACUUGAGGUGAAGAAACUCCGAUUCACCGAGGAGGAACUUCGAUCCCGCCUUCAGGAGUUGGAGGAUCGGGAACAGAAGCAGCGGAAGUGGGAAUACAUGCAUCAGAGAGAACUGGAACGCGAGCAUCUCGUUCUGAAAAACCUAAAACAGGAUCUGGAAUUAGCUUGGGGGUUCAUUCGCCAAGCGAAUGAAGAGUGUCAGUUGUUAAGCAAUGAGAACAAGUGGUUGAGAGAGGAGAGGAGCCAACUGCUUGAGGGACAACAAAUCCUCACGCACCGACUGAAGAACCUGGAGGAAACAGAAAAGGUGAUCUCUUCCCUGAAAAAAUAUAACCGAAAACUUCAAGAGAUGAAUGGAAUUCUUCUGAAGGACAACGAACGCGAACGGGAACAGCGGAAGAAGUACUUCAACAUCAUGAUGAACCUUAGGGGAAAGAUUCGAGUUAGUUGUCGAGUGCGACCCUUGACGGACUCAGAAAUGAGGAGGGAAAACACUUCCGUGAUGACGUCCUAUACCGAGUUCUCUUUGUCCGUGAAAACUUCAAAGGGCGAGAAGAAGUUCUACUUCGACCGAGUUUACAACCCCAACGAUGAUCAGGACAACGUUUUCGAAGACGUUCACAGCCUGGUACAGACGGUGAUGGAUGGGUACAACGUAAGCAUCUUCGCCUACGGCCAGACGGGCAGUGGAAAGACGUUCACGAUGCUCGGUAGUGACGCAAAGCCAGGAAUCGCUCCUAGGGCGUUUCACCGUAUCUUCCAGAUCGCAGAUGACAACAUACACAACUUUGAAGUGAAAGUGGAUGUCUACAUGCUCGAACUGUACAACAAGAACUUACUGGAUCUCCUGGGAAACGGAAACCCAAAGGUCACAUGGGGUGCGACAGGCAUAGCGCACGUACGCGGAGCCACGGUUCUACCAGCAAAUUCCGCGGAGGUGCUGUGCGAAAUUUUCGCCAUGGGCGUGAGGAGCCGCCGAACCGCCUCAACGCUAAUGAACGAUGAAAGCUCCCGCUCCCAUCUCAUCAUCGGGGUCCAGGUGGAAAGCAGAUGUCGAGAAAGCGGGAAGAUCAGCAGCGCGAAGGCUCAGAGCGAUAACUCGGAUCCGGUCUUGCCGGAUAUCAUGUCGGAGUUUCGUCAGUCAUGA